AUGUCGACAUUCCGGCCUUUUACUUGUAACGAUUUUUUCAAAUUCAAUAAAAUAAAUCUUGAUCUGUUGAUGGAGACUUACAUUAUGUUACACUAUAUACGUCAAUUGGCCCGCUGGCCGGAGUACUGUCAAGUGGCCGAAGCGCCGAAUGGGGAAAUUAUGGGCUACAUCAUGGGUAAAGCGGUUGGUGAAGGCGAAAACUGGCACGGCCACGUGUCGGCGCUUGCAGUAUCUCCCGACUAUCGCCGCUUGGGACUGGCUACAACGUUUAUGUACUUCCUUGAGGACGUAUCGGAAGAGAAGCGCUGCUACUUUGUGGAUUUGUUUGUACGUGUUAGCAAUGAGGUGGCAAUCGGUAUGUACACCAAACUCGGUUACAUUGUGUACCGAACCGUGUUGAAGUAUUAUGCCGAUGAAGAUGCUUACGAUAUGCGGAAAGCAUGCUCACGAGACGUACGACGGAAAUCGAUGAUUCCAGUGAAGCAUCCGUUUCAAGCGAAAACUAAGUAA